UUGGCCGGAUUGAUGCGCGACGCAGAGAAAGUGAAAAAGCAAACGUGGUCAUUGAUUUUGCUAUUUAAAUAUGGCAGGCUCAUGACUUGUAAGACAUGGAAAAUACACAUGCAAAUGGACUUUUCUUUUUUAUUUGAAAUUUGGCAGUCAGUGUGCGUUCACGAAGGCGAAACAUUAAACGGUAAUGCAAAGUUUGCAUUUGAAUUAUGGCACACUUUGUGCGUCCACAUGGAAAACGCAAUUGCAAAUGUAAUGUAAUUUGCAAUUCCUUUUGAAUAUUGUCCGGGAUAUCGCUCCAUAGAUUAUUUUACAGUUAGAAUAGUUAGAAAUCGUGACCCCUCCAUACCAAUUGGUGGCGGUAGUGCAUCAUUACGCUGCUUUCCAACUGCCAUGUGCCGUCGAUAAGAAGAAGAAGAAGAAAACAGGCGCCGUAUCACGCGGAAGUGGAGACGCUACAGCUGCUGCAGUAGUGUUUCAGCCCGUAUUACCAAGCCAUGGAAAGUGACUGCUUAGAGCUCCUGCCAUCUGUCCUUGAAGUUCUGUCUGAUUCCAAACUAUUGCUACAUGAUGACACAUCUUUGGAAAAGCUUCUUGAUUGUUUUAAGGACCUAAUAGUGCAAAGUGAUGAGCAGAGUCUUCAAUAUCUGCCAUAUUUUUUGCAGUUCUUGCAGAAAAUAACAAAAUCUCAAACAAUAGAGCCCUCUAUCUUUUCAUUCUCACUUAAACUUGCUGGACUGCUGGCAAGUACAGAGCGCAGUUUCAUUUUGCUGCAGCAGGAGGGAGGAGUGUUGGAGUAUAUGUUUCAGCCAGAUAGGUGGCAUGUGCUGGAGCUCUGGGAAAAUUCCUCAGUCCGUUAUGGAUGGCUACAGGGAUUGUGGAACAUGUUGCAGCAUCCACCAUCCAUUAACCUUUUCUUCAAAAUUGGAUCCAUCAAGUUGGUCCUCCAUUUGCAAAAUGAUAAAGGCCUUUUUAUUACAUCUUUGUCUAGUCAAAUUUUAGCCCACAUUUUAAACUCCAUGACACUAGUGGACUUGAGCAACGUUACGCAGAUUGAGACCCCAAACUGCUGUCCAAACAGCAUAAAAUUUGAUUCAGUUACAAAAGAAGUAAUGACCCAUGUAGCUACCUCAUUAGCCUCAAAGGAGCAGACUGUUAUCAUCCCAGCUUUGAAGUUGUUGGCCACAAUUCUUACCCAGUGUAGAGAACCACUCAAGAGUAUGUUUUGGAAGCAUGCUGUGGAGCCAUUGGAAGUUUUAGCAAAUGUUAAAGAUGACUCCUUUACACUGCCCAUCACAGCAGUCCUUCAAGCUGUUGUAAGGAGUCCUGUUUUGUUCCAACAAGAUUGUAGAGUGGAGACACUGAUGCAGCUCAUGUUUUUUUCAAGAUGUUCAAUUGAAUCUGUAAAGUUUGCAGGCAGUAUCUUGCAAAUAGAAAACUGCCCUGAAGUUUUAAAGUGUAAGGCCACAGAUGUACUCCUUCUUCCGCUUCUGUGUGCCACUGCAUCCCCACUACAACCUCAUAAACUAGAGGUAGAUGAGCUAAAUGGCCACAUAUCACAACUUGAGAAGCAGCUAUCCCAGAAAGCCUUGUGUGUGUGUCUGCUUACUCAGAGCCUGUACAGCAUAGCAGAGUAUGUCUGUAAGAAAUCUUUGGCUAAUAUUCCUGUUCAGCUGAUUGCCUCUUCUGUGAUAAGACUUCUGAAAAUAUCCAUUGGUCAUCACCCAUUCACUUCACUGAAGGUUGAUGUAUUUCCCCAUCUUAUUGGCUCUUACAAGAUCCAGCAGUGCAGUAUCGACCUACUAGGUGACCUCACAGUUUAUGCAGAGAGCAUCGACCUACUUCAGGAGGCUUUUACUGUUCUUCUGCAGUAUCUGCAGUGUCCUGAUUCACAAGCUACAGUUUUAAAGAAAACACAUCACGCCAUUCUUAAAUGGCUCAGUAUCUGCUCACCAUCAUCAGAUAUAUGGAACACAGUUAUACAUGAGCUCUUUCAGUUAAUGAAAAAACAUGUAUGUGAUGGACGAUGGGAAGUGAGAGAUUCAACUCUGGAAUUCAUUACACAGCUCACAGCCAACCACAAAGGUAAUGGUACAUAUAAUGAAACUCUGCAUAGUAGUGGUAUGAUCUCGGUGCUCUUCACCUCACUGUCAGAUCCAGUAGACUAUGUUCAAGCAAGUGCAGUGGCAGCUCUUGGGCAGGCAGUAGCUGCAUAUGGUGUGUGUAACAAUGUGCAGGAAAAGGCUGCAACCCAUCUGUUGAGCAUUCUCUCUCAAGAUACACAGAGCUUCCCCCAUCGUGCUGUAAUUAAGGUCUUCAUUACAUGGAUAAGAAGCCCACAUUGUGCGAUUGCUGUGGAGCAGUCUAUUAGCUCAGUGUUGUUACUCGGUGGAAACGACUUCGACUGGGAAGUUAAAGUUCAUACCCUUGAGUUAGCAGAUGUAUUGAUUGACAAAUUCCUAAUUUGUUGUCACUUUGACUUUAAUAAUAUCUGUAAAAGCUCUGGAAGUACAUGCAUAGUGCAGGCAUUAACCAAACUGAAGGAUGUAGGAAUAUUUGAGUUGCUGUUUAAAUGCUUAUUUGACUGUGACAGACCUGUUUCUCUGAAAGCUUGUUUACUCUUGCUUAAAUUAAGACCAUUUAUGAGAGAGAUUACUACUGAUGGCAACAAAGAACUUACUCUUGAAAUAUGCAAGUACAGUUGGAAUAAUGAAAUUCUCAACAGAUGCAACGAAAACAGAAAGGUUUUUGAGCUCAGUAGAGACGCAUCAUCUUGUAAACAGUCAAUCAGUCAAGAUUCUCUUUGUGGAUCUCCAAAAGUGGAUUUGUGCCAGAUAUUUGAAUUCUUAGACCUUGAGAACAUGCAACACACCUUAUCACGAAGUAGUGAUCAUGUGAUAAAUUCACCCCACUCUCUAAUGGAAGACAUUUUAUUAAUGACACGAGAAAGUGAAGAGAAUAUGGUAGAUUGCUAUUAAAAAUAAGUGCUCAAAAGUGCUAACUUGUCAUAAGCUAAAAAUAAAGCAGUACUCUAGGCAGCACUGAUCUGAGUUUUGUGUUGAACAGAAGAUUAUUUGUUUUAUAACCCACAAACUUUCAUUGGCACCUGCUAAAUUUAAUAAGGGCUUUACUUUAACUUCAUUAAGCUUGCACAAAAUAACCAAAGGAGAUCCAAUAUCUGGAGGCAUAUGAAGAUGUCUAACAGCAGCUUAAAUUAUAUAAAUAUACCGUCUAAUGUCCUAAUUGUCUGUGAAUUGAUUGUAAAUAAACUGACUAUUUUAAAUUGAA